UGGUGAUAACAAGCGCAAUUUCGGUAUAAGUCAAUCGCAGAACGCGUUACGAAAAUCUCUUCCGUAUAUUACAUUUAAAACUGAACGUUUGAAGUUUAAUUGCAAUUCCCGUCGUUGUUAAUAAAUUAUAUUAAUUAGCAUGAAAUGAGGGGGAUUUACGUAAUUAGUUUGAUCUCAUUUUACAUGCUCGCGCUAUUCGUUAAUAAUAACGGUGUAACGGAAGGUCACAGUGUGAAAGAUUAUUUACGAGGUUUAUACGCAUUAAAACAAGUCACAAAUCUUCGACACGGAAUUCUUCCAGGCACUCUUUGGUGUGGCCGAGGAAAUAUCGCCCGCAAGGAUUCUGAUCUGGGCAUGUACACAGAAAUGGACAACUGUUGUCGAACUCAUGAUAGUUGUGAAGACUAUAUAAGACCAAAAAGUACAAGAUAUGGAUUGUAUAACAAAUACAUUUGUAGAAGCUCAUUGUGCGAGUGCGAGUUGCAAUUUCACAACUGUUUGACGCAAAUACGCGGCCUUUAUCCAUACGCCGUGAGAAGAAUAUAUUUCAGUACAUGCAAGCAGUGCUUUCGUACCUUUUACGAUCCCCAGGAGUGCAUAAAUGAGGGUCUUGAUAUAAUCGAAGAGAUGGACCGUAAGGGUCGUCGUGUUUUCUGCGCAAAGUUUGAGCGAAAUCCAAAAUGGGGCCACCGAUACAACAUUACUGCGCCAAAAUUGAUUCCUGCCACCGAACUUUCAACCUGGGAUGAUAAAUCUAUACAAAUCGCUUCACGCUUCUAUUCUGGGAAAGACGGAGAAUAUUCUAACGACGAGGAUGACAUUAUCUAUGAUGAAAAUUAUGCAUCAAUUGAGGAUAAUUAUAAUUAAUACAUUUUGAUGCUAAAG